AUGGUCACUAAGGGCGAUACGGUUGGAUUGGUCGAAAAGCUCUUGAAUAGGGCGGAGUAUUUGAUAGAUAAUUCUAUUAGCAAGGAAUAUAAAAGGCGCUUGUUGAAAGCAUGGAAAGUAUUUGAUAGUUUUGCACAUUGGGUUGGUUUGGCCCCAUACCUAGCUUCAAGGGAACUUUUGGUGGCUUUCCUUGCUUGGAUGGAGCUUUUGGAUAGGUCAACAGAGAUACAAGCUUGCUUGGCCGUGGUAGCCAGAGAGCACAAAGUGAAGGGUUUCAAGGACCCUACAAAGGGUAGUUCAGUCUGUUUGGUUGUGGAAGGAAUUAAAAGAUCAGUUGCCCAAGAAAAGGUCAAA